GCUAUAUUCACACCUAACCUACAAGGAAAGGUUAUUUGCUCAGUUUACCUAGGCAUUAUCACUCUCUUCAUGAACGUUCUCCCUUUUCACGCGGGAUGCUGUUAAUAUAACAUCUCACCCUCAAACAAAGCGACGAUGUCUUCGGAAGAUAAAAAGACAAAUUCUAAUGCAAAUAGAAUAAUUUGUCCUUUAUGCCACACUGAAAGACAUCAGACCUUUAAACAACUGAUGAAACAUUUGACGGAUCAUCAUGAUGUUGAAAAUAAUUCAAUCGUCAAAAAAAAAUCCCAAAUUUUAAGGAUUUCUUGGAAUGGAAGAGUAUCGAAAAUCGCGAUGUUGACUAUUGUACUCACCGCACAUCGACUUAUCGUAGGAAAAAGUACAUUUCUUAUAGAUGCAAUAGGAGCAAUUCAGAAGGAUUUGUCCCUACUUCUAAAAUACGCAUGUUAUUUGCCGCUGAGAUCAUUGGACAUAUGCCCUGGCGUUCUGCGACGGCGCAAUGGAGAAAAUAUCAAAUUGUCAAAUUUAUGGUCGUUGCAGUUCUUGGAUCAAUUUGGGAGACAGUCCACAACAUCAUAAGGACCUGAGUGAGCGAUAAUCAACUAUAAUCCGGAUGUGGAGGACCAGCAACAAAAAAUAAGAAUGCUCUCCAAUUUGGUAGGAUUAGUUAGGUGCGUUAGCAAACACUUAAAAAUCGACACCUAACCCUCACAGAAAUUUUUCCAUCUGCGCUUGCGCAGAUGAAAACUUCAAUAACUCAGGAACGGCUGGACUGAUUUGAACAAGAUGGGGCUCAUUGGAGAGCUGGGG